AUGUCAAAUUCAUCGUCACAACCAAACCUUCUGUUGCAACCUCUCACCAUAUCUCCUAAUGAAGAACCUUCCUACGAAGCACCUCCUUAUGCGCCCGAUGAUGAAGUAACAUCAGUGCAAGCACCGCUGCAAACUCAUCCGAUUCUUUACAAUCAAAAGGAAAUUCAAUCUUCUAACAAUAACGGUGUUUAUGUAGUCGACAACACCCAAUUCUCGCCAUUGAAUUCUCCAGGAGUACAGAACGCUAACCCAACCUUUCCUAUCUCGUCGGGCAACAACACAAUUCAAUCAUCUAAUACCCAGUCAUUUCUAGUACAGCAGUCUGACGGUACAAUCGUCCAAGUUGGUUCAAUCGGUAACCAAAAGACGACACCGUUUCCGCAACAGAAUUUGCUGGCUCAAAAUCAACAAGGAAUGUUAACGGGUAUGUCCGCUGGUGGCCCGCAAGAAUAUUUUUGCCCAAAUUGUCAGAUGUCUGUUCUACCUAUCGAGCAAACGAGUCAAACGCCCCUAGGACAUUGUUUUGGACUCAUCAUGUGUCUCAUCAUACCGGUCUUUGGAAUGGCGUUAGGGAAAUUGUGUGUCGCAACAGUUCGAAAGUGUCCUUUUUGUUCGAGCGUUGUUGAGAAUCCAAGUGGGCAAAAUAUGAUGGUUGGACAAACUCAAAUGGUUGGACAGCCUCAAAUGGUUGGACAAACUCAAAUGGUUGGACAGCCUCAAAUGGUUGGACAAACUCAAUUGGUUGGACAGCCUCAAAUGGUUGGACAAACUCAAAUGGUUGGACAGCCUCAAUUGGUUGGACAGCCUCGAAUGGUCGGACAGCCUCAGAUGGUCGGACAGCCUCAGAUGGUCGGACAGCCUCAGAUGGUCGGACAGCCUCAGAUGGUCGGACAGCCUCAGACGCAAAUGGUCGGACAACCUCAGAUGGUCGGACAGCCUCAGACGCAGAUGGUCGGACAACCUCAAAUGGUUGGGACGCUUAAUCAGAAUCAAAUCAUUGGACAGACUCAGUAUUAG